AUGGCACACUUGGGUUGCUUCCGUGAGGUGGCAGUGCCCGAGACUGCAACUGACACGAGAGCAAGUGGCUCAGCUGGCAGUGGCAGUGGUGGCUAUCAGCCUUUCGGUGGCACUGCCCACCGCCCGACGCUUACCGAGGAGACCAACAAGGAAGCGGACGAUGGCUCGGCUGAUGGCUCGGACGACGACACCGAGCGCCCGAAGUUCAGCGAGGAAGACCUUAUUGACAUCAUUGACUCGUUGCCUGACGAAGACCCUAGCGAAGUUCACCGCACCGUGGAUGUGACCGUCAAGGAGUUCAAGGGGAAGAAGCUCUUUACAAUGAAGACGUCCAUCAACAACAGUGUCGGGCGUCUCAAAGACUUUAUUGUCGGCAAGAUGGGUUGGGAUGCCUCGGGGAUAAGCACCAUUAGCACUGAUGACUUCAAGCUCAUCUGUUUCGACAAGACGAUGAAGAAUGAAGAAAUCGUCAGUGACUACGUGACUGAUGAUGAUGAGCUGGUGUGCCACCUCUUCCUGACCCUCAAAGGCGGUGCGAAGCAGACGAAGAAAACCCUCAAAGUGAAGCAGUAUCUCAUCUCUGAAAAGCACUCUGAGCUUACGGCAAAGGCGAAUGCUUACUCGCACGAGAAGUUCGUCAAUUCCGUUGACAUUGCCAAGACAUCCAGAGAGAGGGUUGAGGGACUCUACACCAUCAUGGAGACCAACCCAGAACAGGCGUUCAAGGAGUUGCUUGCAAAAGUUCCUACCUCUGUCUUGGGCAACCGUGAGAACUCGGAGCUCAUGGAAGCAAUCAAAAGCGGUGUCAAAGCAAAUGCUCGCGUUGAGAAUCUUGUCAAGAUUUUGGCAAAGCACAACUUCAAGGAAGCCUAUGACUUGAUGCAAGAGUAUCAGACAUUGAUUGAAAGUGCCCUUCUAACAGGCGAGAUGCUCAUCACCAAGCAGUUUUUCCGUGACGACGGCACGUGGGACUGGCAAAUGAUCAAGCGCUACAUUGAUGAUGAGAUCAUUCGGCGUGAGCGACCCUCUUCCAGCGCUGACACCGCCAUGCGUGUGGAGCUCUUCAUCAACGACCCUCGCUUCGACGAUUUCGAUGCUGUG